AUGGAAGCUAGCGAGGACGACGCCAGUCUCUCGCCUGAAUCCCCUCCGCUGGCAAGCGUACCACGUCACCAUCCUCGCGCUCUCCUAUCGUGCAGUUUCUGCCGCAAGAGGAAGCGGAAAUGCGACAAGUCUCUACCCGAUUGUUCCUUCUGCCGCAGACAGAGGAGGAGAUGCGUGUAUCCCCAGCGGAAAGUCUCCACGCCUGCAGCAGAGGAGGAGGAAGUGCCUCCGGCGGCCAAAACAGUCGUUGAAUCUCACCCGUCAGAGGCGGUGGUUGUUUACUUCCUGGACCACGACAUCUUCACAUGCGGAGAGAUGACGGUCGCAGAUGUCCACUCAGCUGUUCCGGAAAGCGUCUCAAGCCUCCUAGGAGAUACUGCAGCCCUCCAGAAGGACGCUGCAGAAUACUUUAGGACCGUCCACUGCUGGUGGUCUAUCAUAUCCAAGCAUUCGUUCUACAACCGCCUCAUGAACCCCCUGGUGCCAAGACAAGGAGAUGUCGUCUUGCUCUUGCUUUGUAUGAAACUAAUCACCUGGAGGCCGUCUGAGGAAGGAAAAGAUCCUCGGACGCCGUUGUACCUUGCUGCAAAACACUACGCAACCGAGCUCGAAGUGGUGGGAUCCUUCAGCAUCCGUGGGUUACAGGCAGCGGUGCUGAUCGCGGUCUACGAAUUCGCCCAUGGUAUCUAUCCAUCUGCGUUUCUUUCUGUCGCGUCCUGUGCAAGAUACGGGAGAGCUCUGAAUAUUCACCUGACCUUGACAGAGAGUUCCGGGAGCUGUGUUAACUGCUUCCAGUCAGAAGAGAAGAGACGGCUUUGGUGGGCAAUUCUCAUUCUCGAUCGCUUCGCAAACAUAAGCUGUCCCGGAAGACGCAAUUUUGAGACUGAUGAUCCAAGCCCAACCGACCUUCUACCCGCCGAUGAUGUAGCAUGGGAUGCAGGCAUGGUUACUCCGUACGAUAGGAUGACUAUCUCGUGUCCCGCAACGGAGCGAAUGGGGAGAUUUGCGAAACUGGCGCAGGCCACGCAUCUCCUAUGCCGAGUCCUCCAGCAUGUUGCUGAUCACUCUAUGGAUGCAGAAUUUCGUGAGAGCCAGGAGCGUCAGCUGGAGAAAGCUAUUCAGAUGUCGAUACGAAUGGUCAGCGGCGUCUUGAAGGGUCCUGCGGGUGCACACGCGCAGAUCUGUUACAGGUAA